AUGAACAAUAGCAAUAAUUAUUUUAUUUUGACUAUUUUUUGUCUUCAAACACUUUACAAUUGUAUUCUUGCAGUAAUCGGACAAUGUAUCUAUGGAUUUUUUCUACAAACUUAUCCUGAUACGUAUCAAAAUUGGACAAUAAUCAAUAAUUUAUCUUUGAAGAUUGACACAUUUGAAUUAAAUCGAGAUCAAUGCACAGAAAAUACAGCAGAUAUUUCAAAUAAUUCUGCUCAAAUAUGGGCACAGCAACAUUCAGCGGAUUUACUAUUUCGAGCAACUCUAUGGAGAGCAUUUCCAGUAAUUAUCGUCACGUAUUUAUUUGGUCUAUAUGCUUCACAAUUAAAUCGACGAUUAGUAUUAAUAUUGUCUGUAUUGGUAAACGCUAUUCAUGUGAUUAUUUAUCAAGUAAUCAUCUAUAAAAAUUUAGCUGAAUAUUGGUGGUAUAUAUCGGCUUUCAUUGCUGGUUUGGGAGGUGGCACUAAUAUUCUAGGUAUUGUGAUCAAUUUGGUGAUCACAGAGAGUACCGAAGAAAGUGAACGAUCAUCACGUUUUGUACGUUAUGGUGCUAUGACAACGGCUUUAUCAGCAAUAGCAACAUUCGGUAUUGGUUAUUAUAUUCAAUGGCGUGGCUAUACAGAUCUAUUAUGGAUGGCCAUUGGAUUGGAAUUAUUGUCAAUUUUUGUUAUUAUUUUCUUUUUGAAACCAACAUAUCGCUCAGCAUCAGUUGAUGAAACUACAGCUCUACUCUCAUCAUCAUCAUCGUCAAACGAUGUACAUAUCAUGAUUAAGACACCUACCAUAUCUAAAUGUUACCAUUGUUUUGAUAUUUGUACAGUACUUAGUUUUAAACAUCGUUCGAAAAAGAAAUCAAUUAGUCUCAUUUUAAUCAUUGCUUCCUAUACAUUUCAUUUAUUGGCAUUAUCAUCAUUGUCUAUAAUGCUUUGGUAUCUUCUUGGUGCUCCGUUUUGUUGGUCAUCAAAAGAUCUUGGCCAAUAUUAUGCAGUAUCAUUUAUUACUACGGCUAUUUUCAGUAUACUAGGCAUGAAAAUAUUGAGUUGUAUUGGAGCAAAUGAUGUCAUAAUAUGUACCCUUAGUCAUAUUUGUUUCUGUAUAUAUUCAUUAUGGAUUUCACUAGCUCAAUAUAGUUGGCAAUUGUAUAUAGCAUUAUUAAUUAAUCCAUAUACGAGUUAUCAAAGUGUAUUGACAAUACCAAUGAUAUCCAUUUGGUUGGAAGUUCAUGAACGUAAUAAUGCUUUUACAUUACUAACAGAAAUAAAUACAAUUAUUUUGGCUUUUGGCAAUUCAUUAUUCAAUUGGAUCUAUGCUCGAACAGUAACCUAUCAAAAAAAUUUUACAUUAUUCCUUGCUAGUGGACUUUGUAUUAUACCUUGUAUUCUCAAUAUAUGUCUUUUCGUGAUCAGUCGACGAACUUCUAAUGAACAAGCAUUGAUAGUCGUAUCAAAGACAAAUGCAGAAUCAACACUAUUGCCUCUAUCGAAUAAUGUACUUUCACAAGCAGCUGAUGUAGCUUGUCUAAUUCAACCACCUCAUUCACUUACUGAUGCUUUCUGUACAUCUCACAAUAAUAGAUCUUGCGUUCAUUCUUACUCCUCAAUCGAUAAUCAAAGUGAUAGACAAGUAAUCAAAUAA